UGCAAACAAAAUCGUAGGCGCCGGUUGAAGUAAUGCUGCUAUCGUUCAAAGAGUGCAGUCGAUUCGAAUUCAAGCCGCUCGCGUCCCGACGCCAGUUCGAUUUUACUUUGCCUACAAACAAAAAACACCAAAACCUGCAGGUUAAUUAGAAAAUUCCUGAGAAUCGGCCUUGCCGUGUGGAGUGAAUGUGAAUCAACUUUUUCUGGAAUUUAGUGCUUUUUGGUGUGCACACUAUGAGUGAAAAUGGUGGAUGAAAUCGGCCCAAGAAACGAUGGCGAGGAGGAAAGUGAUAUUGUGGGGGAUGAUUUACCGAGGAAACCAUUUAUCCGGGGCUCGGAUCCCAGAAUAGCUACGUGCAGAGGAAAACUCCAGAACAGACGAUCCAAACUCAAUCAGGAAAUCAACAAGGAGCUGCGACUCAGAGCUGGUGCGGAAAACCUGUUCAAAGCCACCACUAACAAGAAGCUGAAAGAAACGGUGGCUGUUGAGCUGAGCUUCGUCAACUCCAAUCUACAGCUGCUCAAAGAACAAUUAGCCGAAUUGAAUUCUUCAGUAGAACUCUAUCAAGGCGAGAGUACGAACGCGGUAAUGCCCAUGAUCCCCUUAGGGCUAAAGGAAACGAAGGAAAUCGACUUCAGGGACCCGUUUAAGGACUUUAUUCUGGAACACUACAGCGAAGACGCCAAUAAAUAUGAAGACGCAAUUGCUGACUUCAUGGAUACGAGGCAGGCUAUGCGAACGCCCCUCCGAGACUCAACUGGAAUAGGGCUUCUUUUUCGGUAUUACAAUCAACUGUACUACGUAGAAAGGAGGUUUUUCCCACCGGACCGAUCAUUGGGGAUUUACUUCGAAUGGUUUGACUCCCUUACAGGUGUCCCCUCGUGCCAAAGAACGGUAGCUUUCGAAAAAGCGUGUGUCCUCUUCAAUAUGGGUGCCAUCUACACACAAAUAGGAGCAAAACAGGAUCGAUCGACCGCUAAAGGUCUGGAUGCUGCUGUGGAUAAUUUUUUAAGGGCAGCAGGAACUUUCAGCUGCUACUAAGUUCCAGCUAUCGCUGACACCGCCCGACUUUGCUCAAUUCAGGGUGAAUGAUCUGUUCAGAGGCCUGGGGCCCAUAGCGAUAUUUUCAGCGAAACGCCACUGGUCGGCCCCCCGAUUGGUGCAACUGCACAGAGGACGCACCAAUGAAGGGUUCGGAUUUUCGGUUCGAGGAGACGCCCCUGUUAUCAUUGCCAUAGUUGAGCCUGGAUCAUUGGCGGAGUUUGGAGGCGUGAAAGAGGGCGACUUUAUUGUGAGCAUUGGGGAUAAAGAUGUCAAGUGGGCCUCCCAUGAGGAACUGGUCGCGCUCAUUAAAACAGCUGGGGAUUCUUUGAGCUUGAAACUCGUUACUCCCAUGGAUCGCACGUACUUGAAGUCGCUGAAGUCAAACCAGUCAAAGGGCUCGGUUUCCACACAUAGCAGUUCCAGUGGCGUAUCGAGUGGGAUGUCGAGCCCCUCCGGAUCCAUGGCUCAACACAAUCACAACAACAGCAAAAGACUAAUCCACUGGAAUCCGUUCAAGAGGAACCAUUCUACCAGUAGGGAGGGAAAGGAUUUCUUCGAGAACGUUAUUCUGCGAUAAUCCAGGCGGUUAUUAGCGCAACGAUCAGGCUGAACAUACAAGUUUUUUAUAUAAACAGUACCUUUCUAAUAGCUGAAAAGUGACUGAGACUUAAAAGUACAGUACAAAUUCACUUUUGACUGGCAAAUCCUGAGGAAUUCAGUUCGAAGCCUAACAUUCUGUAUAUAAAGUUAUUUAUUUUUAAUCGCCGUGUUAGGAAAUAGGACCUUAAAAUGAUAAUUUAUUUCCCUAGAGCGAUAUCAUUAUGCAGCGGAAUUAUAAGUUCUGGUAUUUAUAAACUGUUAAAUAAUUGAAAGUAUUGUUGUGUACAGUUGAAGCAAUAAAAUUUAUUAGUUAUCGUC